CUCACUGAAACCGUGUGACCUCCAGCGCUCAGUCGCUCAUCGCUGAGCGAGUUAGGCGCCGUUUUGUUUUCACAUCCUCAAGUACAUGGAAUUAACACCUCAUAAACGUCACUCAGUCGCUCGUAAAAAUACUCUGCGAAAGAAGAAGACAGCGCGUCGCAGCAGGAGCUGGUUGUAAUACACAUGAAUAUCCACAAGUGGGCGCCCUCGUGCCAGAACAGCUUGACUCCGGCAGACAGCGCUGCUUUGCCCAUGGGCUGUCAGCAGACGCUGAACAGAAGCUCUGCGACGGAGGGGAGGCCUUAUAAACGGUUAAAGAUGACGACCUCCUGGAGCGACCGCCUGCAGAACUACGCUGACCUUCCGGCCAACAUGGACGGCCUGGCCAUGAAGAAGUAUCGACGUGAAGCCCACCACAGCUUCCUGAGGGACCUGACACACCCUGCGCUCAGAGUGUUUGUGAACCGCAGCCUGGCCAUGGAGAAGAUCAAGUGCUUUGGUUUCGACAUGGAUUACACUCUGGCAGUGUACAAGUCUCCAGAGUACGAGUCGCUGGGCUUCGACCUGACUGUUGCGCGUCUGGUGUCCAUCGGAUAUCCUCAGGAGCUGCUCAACUUUGUGUACGACCCCACCUUCCCCACCAGAGGUCUGGUGUUCGACACCAUGUAUGGAAACCUUCUGAAAGUAGACACCUAUGGCAACAUCCUGGUGUGUGUUCACGGCUUCAACUUCUUGAGGGGGCCUGACAUCAGGGAGAUGUACCCCAACAAGUUCAUCCAGCGAGGAGACAUGGACCGCUUCUACAUACUCAACACCCUCUUCAACUUGCCCGAAACCUACCUGUUUGCCUGCCUGGUGGACUUCUUCAGUAACUGUUCCAGAUACAGCAGCUGUCACACCGGCUUUAAGGACGGAGACCUCUUCAUGUCCUACAAGAGCAUGUUCCAGGACGUGAGAGACGCUGUGGACUGGGUUCACUUCAAGGGCUCUCUGAAGGAGAAGACGGUGGAGAACCUGGAGAAGUACGUGGUGAAAGAUCCCAAGCUCCCUCUGCUGCUCAGCCGCAUGAAUGAGUCCACCAAAGUCUUCCUGGUCACCAACAGUGACUACAAAUACACCGAGAAAAUCAUGACCUACCUGUUCGACUUUCCUCACGGCCCAAAGCCCGGCACGGCCCACAAACCCUGGAAGUCCUACUUUGACUUGAUCCUGGUGGACGCCCGCAAGCCCUUGUUCUUUGGAGAGGGAACCGUGCUGCGGCAGGUGGACACUAGCACGGGCCGCCUGAAAAUCGGCACCUACACCGGCCCGCUGCAGCACGGCAUCGUUUACUCUGGAGGUUCCUCUGACAUCGUGUGUGACCUGCUGGGAGCCAAAGGCAAGGAGAUCCUCUACAUCGGAGACCACAUCUUCGGCGACAUCCUCAAGUCGAAGAAGCGCCAGGGCUGGAGGACCUUCCUGGUGAUUCCAGAGCUGGCACAGGAGCUGCACGUGUGGACGGACAAGAGCUCCAUCUUUGAGGAGCUUCAGUCUCUGGACUGCUUCCUGGCUGAGCGUUACAGACACAUGGACAGCAGCAGCAUCGAGAGACCCAACAUCAGCUCUCUGCAGAGGAGGAUCAAGAAAGUGACCCACGACAUGGACAUGUGCUACGGCAUGAUGGGAAGUCUGUUCCGCAGCGGCUCUCGCCAGACUCUGUUUGCCUCCCAAGUGAUGCGCUACGCCGACCUGUAUGCCGCCUCCUUCAUCAACCUGCUCUACUACCCCUUCAGCUACCUGUUCCGAGCUGCGCACGUGCUGAUGCCUCACGAGUCCACAGUGGAGCACACGCACAUCAACCUCAUGGACACCGAGUCGCCGCUGGCCACGCGGAACCGCCACGAGCUGGACCUGAAGGAGGUGGAGGGCAAGAGGCACCAGCUGACCCGAUCCAUCAGCGAGAUCCAGCCACCCCACUUCUACCCUCAGGCCCCUCAGGAGAUCACCCAUUGCCAUGAUGAAGAUGAUGAUGAAGAGGAGGAGGAGGAGGAGUGAGGGUCCAGGGGAAGGUCUUCUCCAACGUUUUUUCACAACAUUCUUUCACUGCGUACCAGCACUCAUCCGCCCACGAGUGGUAACCUGGUGACGCCUGGUCUUGUCUACCAGUCGCAUCUCAAGUAACUGUGCAGAGGAACAUAGGUCUGGGGUGAGGGGAGGGGUGGAGUUGGGUGGGGUGGGGGGUUGCUCUGCACCAUGUGAACUGUUGUCAUGUUGGGUUCUGACUGAAGUUCAAAAGGUUCAUUUCUGAGCCGGUGCUGAGGAGGAACAUUCAGGGAAGCCAGACUCCAGUCAUGUUACCAGUAUGUCAGUGUUUUGAUUCAACUGGAGCUCUGCUGCUGCUGCUGCUGCUGUAAACCUGCUGUUACUGGUGUGUGUGUCCACUGCCGAUACUGUUACACACCACUGUCUUUCUGAUCGCGAGCGACACAAACUUGAAGCGCGGCGCCAAAGUGCUUGGUGACAUGUCGAUGUCUCAGACCUGUCUUACCAUUUUCAGCAUUACCUUUCAGUUCCAGAUGAAACUGGAGGGUGAAGGAAGUGUUUGUGCCGCUUUCAGCGAAUUCACCACCUGUGAUGGUGCGUUCCAUUUGUAAUUAAAAUGUUGUCUGUCAA